UGCAUAAGUCAAAUUGCACCCUUUUAUUGUUGAAUAUACAACAUGAAUGAAUUCGUCGGAUUUAUUGCUUAGCGUUUUGACAAAACACCACUCAAGAUAAACUGAACAAAGUGCCAAGUUUGACGUGUCUUUGUUUUGGAUAAACUGUAGCGUUGAUGAUUGCCGGCAUAAACAUAAAGGAGAGACGCCACAUCAAGGCUCUGACUGGGAACCAUUGGUGUCGUUGAAUACAGAGGUUUUAUGAAGCACUAUGGGGAAGAGGAAGGUGCAGGACUUAUAUAGAGCCCCAUUUCCAUUGUACACCAUCAAAGUGGAUGCAGCUACAGGGCUUGUAAUAACAGCCGGAGGAGGGGGUCCCUCAAAGACAGGAAUACAAAAUGCUAUGCAUUUCCUGGAUCUGCAGAUGGUUGGAAAAAAUCAGUACAGCAUCAGUCUUCUGCACUCUCAUGAUACGGACAAACGUGCCACUAUGAACAUGGCUGUGGGUGAUGGUGUUAUUGCUGCUGGGCAGGACGGGACAUGUAGUCUCGUGACUUUUAAACUCUGCUUGCAGAAAGAAAAAAAGGCUGUUCAUAAAGAUGGUAACACCUUUGAACAAAGUAAUGCCAGACGGAGAUCUGGGAAACCUGAUAAAGGUAACCUUAAUAAACGUGCUGCAACUGGUGACAUGUCGGAUACAAGGGAUGAGACAGCUCAUAUAACAGUGACCAAUUUAGCUGAAGUGCUGUCAGACCUUAACCCACAUGACCCUCUUCAGAAAGUUGUCAGGUUCAGUCCUGACAUGAACCUUCUGAUGACCGGAGGCACUGAUGGAUACAUCAGAGUUUGGGAGUUUCCAUCUCUCAAGAAAAAGUUUGAUUUUAAAGCACAUGAAGAGGAAAUUGAAGACCUGGAUAUGAGUAUUGGAAGCAAGAAACUUGUUACUGUAGGGCGGGACUUUACCUGCAGUGUAUGGAGUGGCAACCAGCUGGUUACAGGUCUAAACUGGCAUGAAACCCUGCCUCAAAUAGCUGAAAAAUCAUAUCGAUAUAUGGCUUGCAGGUUUGGAAAUUGUGAAGAUGAGAAUGAUGCACGAAGGCUUUACACAGUGCAAAUCCCUCAUAAAAGAGACAAAAAACCUCCUCCUUGCUAUAUUACCAAGUGGGAUGGCAAGAUCUUCCUUCCCAUGCUAACAUCUCCCUGUGGUACUGAAGUUAUCUCCAGUCUGGCUCUCAGUGAUUCUGGAAAGUUUCUUGGCCUUGGGACUGUGACAGGAUCAGUAGCAGUUUACACAUCUGUUUCUUUACAGAAGCUGUACUAUGUUCAUGAGUCACAUGGUAUCGUUGUGACCGAUGUAGUCUUUCUGCCUGACCUGCUGAAAGGCCAAAAUAUCAAAAGAAGUAACAAAACAGCAUUGCUGAGUGUAUCUGUGGAUAGUCGCUGUCAAGUACAUACUGUCACCAAAGAAAGACCCAUUCCUGUCUGGCUGUUCUUCUGUGGGCUCAUGUUCGUGGGAGUGCUCUUAAUUUUACAGUACCUCUUUCCGAUAUUGCUGUAAAGGAUGCAUAUUAUAAGUGAUUAAUAAACCUCUGACAAAUCUUUUGUCAGCAUCAGCAGCGCUUGGUUUUACACAAUAACAAAAUCUAAAUGAACAAAACCAUAAAACAGGAUUUUAAAUAAUUUUUCAUUAAUUGUUAUUAAUAUGCUUUGGAUUCACGAUACUCUUUGAGAAGUAGGGGUUAUGACUAGGUUCAUGACAUUAAAUUUAACAUUUGCAUACCCAAUUUUGGAGUUUUUUUUUUUUUUUCAGCAUAGGCAGAGAUUUCUUUUUUGAGAAGGGAGAAAUAUCGUCAUCGAAUAGGCCAAAUACGAAAUAGUGACUCUAAGGUUUGUUUGCCAAUGUACAUUGUUUUGAACAGUUUAGUAUUAAUAGAAAUUAUUGAAUAUUUGAACUAAGUUGCUUUGAUUCAUUUUAGUAAAAACAUUACUGGUUGUCAUAUUUGUUUCAGUCAUUCCCAUAUUGAUGUUUUUUUUUUUUUUUGGAAAAAGAAGAAAUAAAAGAAACAAAGAUAAAAAUAA